GAGGAAGAGAUGGAAGAAGAGAAGGAGGAAGAGAAGGAAGGGAAGAAGGAGGAAGAGAAGGAGGAAGGGGGCAUCAGCUUCAACCCCAAUGAGCACCAACACACUCGUUACAACCCGCUGCGGGACGACUGGGUGCUGGUGUCGGCUCACCGGGUGAAGCGUCCGUGGCAGGGGCAGCUAGAGGAGUUGCCGCCUGAGCAAGUGUACCGCUGGGACCCCAAGAACCCCCUUUGCCCUGGGGCCACACGGGCCAAUGGCGAGGUCAACCCGUGGUACCAAGGGACCUUUGUCUUCCCUAACGACUUCCCUGCUCUGCAACCUGAUGCUCCAGAGCCUGGUGACAGCGAUCACCCCCUGUUUCAAGCAGCAGCAGCCCGGGGUGUGUGCAAGGUGAUGUGCUUCCAUCCCUGGUCGGACCUGUCGCUUCCCCACAUGACUCUAAUGGAUAUCCGGGCUGUCAUCAACAAGUGGGCAGAGCUGGAGGCUGAGCUGGGUUCCACCUACACCUGGGUGCAGGUCUGGGGCAGUUGUGGGCUUUGCUUCUUUCCCUGCCCUGGGGGUGGAGGCAGGGCAGCACUUGGGGCAGGGACCAUCCCAGUUCAUUUCAAAGAAGCCAACAGGAUUCGGGACUGCAUCAACAAGGGCAUCACCAGCAGAGAUAAAGAAGCCAUCAUCCCACUCUACUCAUCCCUUGUCAGACCACACCUGGAGUAUGGCAUCCAGUUUUGGUCUCUACUGUACAAAAAGGGAUGCGGGCAGGCUGGAGAGGGUCCAGAGAAGAGCCACAAGAAUAAUCAGAGGACUGAAGCACCUGCCAUAUGA